AUGCUCACCCCCGCCCUCACCACCAACUGCAGCACCAGCCCCUUCACCGUGAUGUCCGUCCGCUCCGGCUCCCCCAUCCAAUACCUCUCCCUAACCGCCGCCUCAACCAACUUCUACCUCGGCGGCACGACCUCAUCCGCCUGUCCAUCCGACAUCGCAGCCUACGAUGCCUGUCCACCCGGCAACCAAACCGUAAUCGACGGCAACAAUUACCUUGACUCCGCCUACGUCCAAGAAAUCUACAUUGACCCCACCGGCGCCGUCAAAUUCGUCGAAGCCCACACAACUUACAUGCCCAGUGGCGCAUCCACCAGCACGUUCUGCUACACCCCUGGUACCGACUACGGAUCCUGGACGUAUACCGGCCUCGGAGCGACGGGGUUCAUGGCGUGUCCGAUUCCCGCGGAUGAUGAGGCGGAGGUGCCUGAUGCGGGCCCGUAUCAGGUGUUUGCGGCGAUGGCGAAUGCAACGGUGCCGACGGGGAAUGUCUCGGAUUGUUUGAGGUUUGAGGCGGUUGCGGUGGGUUGGAGUGGGACGGAGGGGAGUGUGGCGGCGUGGCAGUAUGACUGAGUGCAUGCCCGGGGGAUGUAAUGGGAUAGGGAUGGAUUGGGUGGGGGGAGGUUAGAUGUUUGAUGCUAGUUGUGAUUAUGGAUUCAGUUUAGUUGGU